AAAAAAUAUAGGAAAAAAAAAAAAAGAAAGAAUGAAAAUCAUCUAUCAGCCAAAAGCCGCCAUUUGAAAAACCCUCUGUACUUGUCAUUUCUGGAGAGGUAAGAGAAAGGGAGGGAGUGAAUAGUGACAGAAGGAAAUACUUGUCGAAAACGACGCCGUGGGGGAGUUUCAGGAGAAAUCCGUCGAAGGAAACCCUAGUUUUUCUUGAAUGAGGUCAUAUUUGGAUGAUUCAGAGUUUACCCCUCUGACCCUUCAUUUGUUCUUAAAAUGAAUACAAGAAGUGGCCGGGUAUCUAGGGGUGAGAAGUCAAAAAAUUUUCAGGGUGAGGGGCCAAAUUGGAUCCUUAUUGCUGGUGGUGCCUUACUAAGUACCUUAUCAAUCCGCCUGGGGUACAAGCUGAAGCAGGCACUUGACACAAAGCAAAAGGACAAUGCUACUACUAGCUUGAAAGGGCAUGGAACUUCUGACAGGAGGAGAUCAUCAGGUUGCCGUUUACAUUCAAAUAUGUUCUCGUUUACCCAAGAAGAUGAUGGUUGUUUCAACUGCAUUUCAGGCACUGAAAGCAUGGGGGAGAAGCACCCACCAAAUGGCCAGAUACUGCCCGAAUCUGAAGUUACUCUCCCUCUGGUGACAGUUCCCACGUCUGAGUUCAACAAGGAUAAUGGUGUUAUGUGGGCAUCAUCUCCUGAUCGCCUUGAGUUACCUCCAAAGCCGUUCCAUCAUUCUAACUGCUCAGAUUCACCAUGUGUCUCUGAAUCAGGCUCUGACAUAUUCAGCAAACGGGAAGUGAUACAGAAACUAAGGCAACAAUUGAAGAGAAGAGAUGAUAUGAUUUUGGAGAUGCAGGACCAGAUUAUGGAGCUGCAGAAUUCACUGAAUGCUCAAGUGGCACACUCAAGUCAUUUACAAUCACAACUGGAUGCAUCAAACAGAGACUUGUUUGACUCCGAGAGAGAAAUCCAAAGGCUGAGGAAAGCAAUUGCAGAUCAUUGUGUAGGACAUGUCGGCACGAAUGAGAAGACUACAACAGUUACAGCUUGGCCACCUGACAUAAGGAAUGGCCAUGCCAAUGGGUAUCUUGAAGGGGAAAGCAAUUCGGGCUCCCCUGAAAAGGGAAGGGGGGAUGGGGAGAGAAUUGAGAUGCUGAAGAGAGAAGUAGGAGAGUUAAAAGAAGUGAUAGAAGGAAAGGAGUACUUGUUGCAGAGCUACAAGGAGCAGAAGACAGAGCUUUCCAUGAAGAUCAAGGAGUUGCAGCAGAGAUUGGAUUCACAGCUGCCGAAUAUUUUGUAGGUACUUUUUAGGUUUUGUGCAUUCUUGCUUGCUUUCCCCCGUUUCUUUCUUUGAUUUGAGGGUAAAAAAGAUUGCCUCUUUUUCUCCUUUCUUUCCCACUAUCCUUGGCUUUGAAGUUUAUUGCUUGACGAUGUGUUCUUGCUACUGCAUCUGUAUGUAUGAAAAUGAGCUAUGCGUGAGAGAGAAAUAGGAGGGAAAAGCAAAGCAGUAGGCAUCAUUAUAUUGGUUUGUGAUUUGACUUUUCUCUUGCUUAGCGAGUGCCCUUUUUCAAAUAGAAAUUAGAAACCAAGUUUUCUCGAUAGUGUUA